AUGUCUCCAAUGCAUCUAUUACUCUGUCUUUUUUUUGCCUGCGUUAGUGUCUUGUGCCAGCCUGCUAGUGUUGCAUGGCCACCAUGUACCGAAGGACAAAAGUGCACUAAUAUUGUAGAUUCCGGUGUGCUCUCUUCAUCUGUGGAGGGCUUUUGUGUGAAUGGUGUCUGUGACACAAACGUAAAAUGUGGCGGAUGUGAACAAAAAGCCAUCAAUGGGCGUUGUUGUGGCAACGGAAUAAUGAAUGCAAGUGAUACGAUUGUAAUUUUCAGCAAUGUGUCGGUGGGAAAUGUGUCCCUGAAAGACCUGGGAUCAAUUGUGGUGACUGUAAGCAAAAGCCAAUCAAUGGUCAAUGUUGUGGCAGUGGUGUUAUCGAUAGCAAUGAUUGCAAAGCGAAUGAGAUGUGUUGUGCUAGGGGUUCGAAAGGCAGUUGUUACAGGAUUGAUCAGUAUCUUUCUUGUCCACCUGGUUCUCAUUAUGUCCUUUAAUGGCAAUAAAUGGUUUUAUUUGUCAUAUGUGAAAGAAACAAAUGAUUUUGACGCAGAGAAGUUGGAAGAAGAUCAUAAUAAGGACUUCUAG